AUGAUGAUGAUGGAUUCUACAAGAGAUUCUACCACAUAUAUUUCAUCAUUAUUAUCAUCAGAACCACCAGAAGAAUUAUGUAUACCAACAACAAUAUGUUUGGAAACAAAUGAUAGCGAAGAUGAAGAAACAUCAUCACAACAGGAAGAACCAAUAAUUCAUCACGACAAUCAUCGUAAAUCUGUGCAAUUUUCAAGGUUUUUGGUGGUUCACGAAACUUGGUGUAACGACGAGUAUGAUCGUACGUCAACAGAACCUGCAAGGCUUUCUUUCAAAGACUAUACAGAAUUAUUACAAAUAAAAAUUGAUUUAAGGAAAGAAGCAGAUAAAAUGACGAAGGCCUCUGCUGUUGUUUCUGAUCAUCAAUCUACCAACACAUCGAAUAAUCAUCAACACCAUGUAUAG